AUGUCUUCUCAUUCCGAAGACCAUCAAAACAAACGAGAUCAACCAAAUCAUCAUUCAUCUCCAUCCUCAGACACAAAUAAUAAUCACCAACCAGCGGCACCACCACCAUCACAACCUCCACCGCCACCACAACCACCCAACAACCAAUCUCCGGCACACGGUUAUCCGCCGGCGAUGCGUUUCCCUCCGCAAAUGGUGUAUACCCAUGGCGGGCCAUACCCCGCCUACCCUCCCCCUCCUCAUGGUUGUAACCAAUACCCUUACGCACAACUCCCACCAGGUGCCCCUUAUUACAAUCAGGGUUAUGCAUCUCCCCAGAAUGAUCGAUGUUCAGGAUUCGCUCGUGGAAUUAUUGCAGCUAUGUUUGUUUUGAUUGUUCUUACCUGCCUCUCAAGCCUAAUCACCUGGGUCGUUUUACGUCCGGAAAUACCAGUUGUUCACGUAGAUAACAUGUCUGUCUCCAAUUUUAAUACCUCGACUCCUUUCAUGGCAACAUGGGAUACAAAUCUCACACUAGAAAACCCAAAUCAUAAGUUAAGACUUUACUUGGAUAAAAUCGUGGGUGCCAUGUUUUACGACGAUGAAGAUUCCUUGGGUUCUUCUUGGCUUAACCCUAUUUUCAUGGAGACGAAGACCAAAACCACGAUGAAUGCUAUCAUUUCCACCAAUGGUUCAGCUCAAAACGCGGUGCCGAUUUGGUUAACCCAAGAAAUGAGCAAGGAUCGAGCCACGGGAUCCCUGACUUUUGCCUUGAGGAUUCGUAUAUGGGCGACGUUUAAAACUGGCUCCUGGUGGACUAGAAGUUUGGUGAUUAGAGUUUUAUGUGACGAUUUGAAGGUUAAUUUCGUGGGUGCUUCAGGAAAUGGGGCUUUGGCACCUGGAAAACGUGACAAUUGUGAUGUUUAUGCGUGA